AUGGAACCUUUGCCAACCAUAAACAAAGUCUUCUCCCUGGCUAGUCAACAUGAGAGACAAGUUUCAGGGAUGUUGCCAAAACUAAUUGAGCCUAAUGUUUUCUAUACUAACACAAGCCCUGGGAAUUCUGUUACUGAUCAAGCUUCCAGUUCAAAUGCUAACAGCAAUUUUAAGAAGGCUGAUGGUAACAGCAGCUUCAAGAAGUUCACAGCUACAACUAGUCAGUACAAAUGCACUCAUUGUGGUUUAUCAGGUCAUUCAGUGGACAGAUGUUACAGGAAACAUGGUUUCCCUCCUGGAUUUAAGUCAAAAUUCAAAGGAAAAACUGCUUAUACUAAUCAAGUGGACAGUGCUGUAGAGAAUGAACAGCAUGUUUCAAACACUCCUUAUUCAUCUUAUCCAUCCUCAGUGAAUAUGGAUAUGAACAGAUCCUAUUCAGCUCCUAUGAACACCAAUAAUGAUUCAAUGGCCCAAAAUAUGCAGUUAACUACUGAGCAGUAUAUGCAAUUGAUGAGUCUGCUGAACCAGGAUAACAAUGUACAUGCUUCUGCAAAUACUUUCUCAACCAAUUUCAAUCCAGCAGGCAACAAUUCAGGACACCAACACCUCGAGGAGGAUUGGUUUAGCUAAAAAGGAACAUGGCUUAUACUUCUUGACUCAGCCUUCAUUUCCACAUUCCAAAUCUGUUGUUCCUAGUUCUACUCAAAAUAUCACCUCUGCUGCAAUUUCCAAUAACAACUCAUCUGCUGAUAUCUCAAAACUUUGGCAUUUUAGACUAGGACAUUUAUCAAAUCCUAGAUUAGAUGCUAUACACAAUAUUGAUUCUUGUGUUCCAAAAACUUCUAUUGAUCAUUGUAAAAUCUGUCAUUUGUCUAAACAAAGAAAAUUGUCCUUUCCUGUUA